AGGCGUGGCAAAUGCCAACACUUUCAUUAAAGAACAGAGAGAUAGCACAAUGUGAAACCACAGACUGUUCUGGUUGUGUUCUCAUUUAUUGUCUCACAAAGUCAAAGUGGAAUAAGUCCAGUCUUCUCUCCGUCAACUCUCUCUUCUUUGUCCUUAGCUUACAUAACCAAAACCCAUCUAAGAUUACCUGAGAGAACUCUCCGGCGACCUAAAAAUGGAAACUUCCCGUUAUACCCUUCCUCUUCUCCUCGUCAAUAUUCAAACCCUUUUCGCCGUCAAGAACCUCCGUUCGAUCCUCGGAGCUAACAAUCUCCCACUCGACACCAAACCUGACCAGCGCGUGAACCCGAAUCAAGUCGUGCGUAUCCCAAUCCAUUGCUCUUGCUCCAACGGAACAGGUGUAUCGAACAGAGACAUCGAGUAUACCAUCAAGAAAGACGACACGCUUUACCUCGUCGCAACUGAGGUGUUCGGAGGUCUGGUUGCCUACCAGAAGAUCGCUGAUAUGAACAAAAUCCCCGACCCAAGUAAAAUUGAUGUUGGUCAAAAGUUUUGGAUCCCUUUGCCCUGUAGCUGUGAUAAGUUGAAAGAUGAAGAUGUUGUUCACUAUGCACACGUGGUCAAACAAGGGAGCUCCCUCGGUGAGAUCGCUGCUCAGUUUGGAACGGACAACACGACGCUGGCUCAGCUCAAUGGAAUCUCCGGCGACGCUCAGCUUCUUGCUGAUUACCCUCUCAACGUCCCUCUCAAAGCUUGUAGCUCUUCUGUGAGGAACGACUCGUUGGAUGCUCCUCUACUUCUGUCAAACAACUCAUACGCCUUUACUGCAAACACUUGCAUCAAGUGUUCCUGUGACGCUUCAAAGAAUUGGACUUUAAGCUGUGAACCAUCAUCUCAGGUUAAGCCUUCGAAUUCGACAUGGGCAACUUGCCCGCCUUCACGGUGCGAAGGAGCUGAGGGUUUGUUUCUAGGCAACACGACUACUACGUCGACUAGCAGCUCUUGCGGACCUCGUACUUGCGCCUAUGCUGGUUACUCCAAACAGACCAUCUUUACCGUACUUACCCCAACUUGUCCAGAUUCUGCUAGCCCUGGUAGUGGUAACUAUGCGUCAACGUUCAGCCCAAGGUUCAGUUUCGUGAUGGUGUUGAUUCAGUGUGCGCUGCUUUGUCUCUAUCUUCUCUAGUAAUGUUUUGUUGUUAUAUUAAUUAUGAGUGUGAAUCUAAGUACAGUUGGGAUUGAAAAUAAAGACAUUGUUUCACCUGUAGCAUCACGUCCUUGUACCAUUAUUAUGUUGGAAACACUUCACCUUUGGACACAUGUGUGGUUACCAACUAGAAAAUAAUAAAACAUUGAUAUGAA